CACAAAUGAGUCAACAACACACUUUAACGCAUUUCUCAAAAUUACGUUGCCAAAGUCUGGUCAGAGCUACAAAUCAAAUUUGACAGACUGCAAUUUCCAAUCCAACGACUGCGAAUGAAGUUUAAUGGCGACUAGAUCGCCUUAUAAGAGACAAACGAAGCGAUCCAUGAUUCAGUCUCUUCCAGCUUCUUCUUCUGCAUCAUCUCGCCGCCGAUUCAUUUCUCGGAAGAGGUUCGCGAUGAUGAUUCCUCUUGCUCUCCUCUCCGGCGCCGUUUUCCUAUUCUUUAUGCCAUUCAAUAGCUGGGGCCAAUCAUCUGGUUCUUCUCUGGAUCUCUCCCAUAGGAUCAAUGAAAUUGAAGUAGUUGCUGAGUUUCCUCAUGAUCCGGACGCCUUUACUCAGGGUCUUCUUUAUGCGGGAAACGAUACACUGUUCGAAUCCACUGGUCUAUACGGGAAGUCUUCAGUGAGGAAAGUGGAUCUACGAACAGGAAAGGUUGAAAUUCUUGAAAAAAUGGACAAUACAUAUUUUGGAGAGGGUUUAACACUCCUUGGAGAAAGGCUCUUUCAAGUCGCAUGGUUGACAAACACGGGUUUCACAUAUGACCUUCGCAACUUAAGUAAAGUAAAACCAUUUAAACAUCAUAUGAAAGAUGGAUGGGGACUGGCUACCGAUGGAAAAGCGUUAUUUGGAAGUGAUGGCACUUCUACAUUAUAUCGGAUGGACCCUCAAACAAUGAAAGUUACUGAUAAGCAUAUAGUCAGAUAUAAUGGCCGUGAGGUACGUUACCUUAAUGAGCUCGAGUACAUAAACAACGAAGUUUGGGCAAAUGUGUGGCAGUCUGAUUGUAUUGCUAGAAUUUCACCCAAGGACGGAUCUCUGCUUGGAUGGAUACUGCUUUCAAAAUUAAGUCGGGGAUUGCUGAAAUCUGGACAUAGGGGUAUUGAUGUUUUGAAUGGCAUAGCAUGGGACAGUGACAAGCAACGCCUCUUUGGUAAUAAAUCUUGUUAUCAUCCCCUCUAGGCUUGAUUACUCGACGUCGCCUCAUAGUCACAACAUUUUGUGUCUCCAUCAAUUUUGUGUCUCGAUCAUUUGUUUUGCAGUAACGGGGAAACUGUGGCCAAAGCUGUACCAAAUCAAGCUAAAACAAGCAUCAGCAAAGAGCGGAAAUUAUAUCGAGCAACAAUGCUUGGUAUGAAAAUAUUGCGCUUGGUAAUGGUUAGAAUGUAUACUGGCUAUAAUUUACCAUAAUUUCUGAACAUUAGCAUUUAGCAAACUUCAAUGAUUGAAGAUGAGAAUCAAAACCUCGUA